CCCAAAUAUUUGUGCAGUGAACAAGAUAAAUAUCAUGUUCAAGUACUAAAAUCGAAAGUAAAACAAGAAAACCAAACUGAAAGCAUUGGUAACACUGAAUAAAUUAUAAACCACAGAAAGUACAACUAUGAGCAAAUCUCGUAAAACUAGUAUCUUAUGUAAAACUAAGAACAAAUUUCGGGGAGGGAAAUGAAAUUACAUUGGCGCCAAAACAUAUGAGGGAAAAUAAUUAUUUUAAUUAUUUUAACUAUUUUCAUUAUUUUUCUCUAUGUCACGUCCCAUCUCUCUGUCUCCACUCCAUCUCUUUAUUGAUCCCAUCGAUCCAUCUCUCUCUCUCCACUCCCCCACUCCAUCCCUCAUUCCUCUCUCUCGAUCUCUUUCGGUUUCUCCCAUUUCUCUCUGACAGUAAGAACUGAAGCAUGACUCAUCCCGAAGAGGAGUACAGUCACAUGAAGGCCUUGAAGAGACACAACGACAUGCUUGGUUUCGUGGCUGAUGCGGAGUACGGCGUCCCGACCAAGUGCCCGUGUGGUGGAGGUAUCAUUCCUGAGGUAUCUCCCUGUAACAAGUUUCCCAAUGAUUUUGAUACGCAACCUGGAAGGAGGUACUUCACCUGCAAAAACUUUGAGAAUAAUGGUCUCCACUUUCGUACGCCGUGGGUGUUCGCGAUUCAGGACGAAGUUACAAAGUUAGUACACCGUGUCGAAGAGAUGGCUGAGGAGAUUGAUCGCCUCAAGUCUCAGCUUUACCAACUUCACCGUCCAUGAUCCCAUCUUGUUGCUCUAAGUUGUUGUUGUUCUAAGUUGUUCUUGGGGAUGUUGUUGUUGUUGUUCUACGUCGUAUGAUGGUACUUUGAUCUAUGUUGCUACUUUCUUUCUCUAUGUGUGUGUCUUAUGACUUAAACUAUCUAUCUAAUGUUUAUGUGUUUUGUGGUUUACUUCUC